UUACAAAUUACUACCUCCCUCGACUUGAUACUUUCCCAACUUUUUCCAAUUUUUCUGUAAAAUGGUCGCUCGUUUUCUUUUUGGUCUUGUUUUCGUGGGCAUGUGCGCUGUGGCCUUGAGUUUCCAGGGCAAAGCGACGUUCUACACUCCGGCGAUGGGAGCCUGCGGAAAGGUCAACCACGAAGACGAGAUGGUGGUGGCCGUCAGCAAGGCGCAGUACGGAGUGCACAGCAACCCCAACAACGCGCCCGUCUGCAGCAAGUGCGCCCUGGUCAAGGCGGUGGAAUCCGGUGAACAGGUCAAGGUCAAGGUGGUCGAUCAGUGCAAUGGAUGUGCCAGCGGCGCCAUCGAUCUGUCCCCGGCCGCCUUCGAGAAACUGGCUGACAAGGACCUCGGCCACAUCGAGGUCACCUGGAACUACGUUAAGUGCUAAAUAAACUGUUCGCAGUUCUGCGCUUACCUUAACUGAUACUUUCCGGCCUGAAUGAUGCUCGGUUCUGCUCUACUUUGCAUAGUUUUAGCUUUCUUUAAUUAUUUGCUUGAGUUGUUAGUUUCUUAGAUUCUUCGGAUUUAUUGGCAGUACUGGGCUGUCUUGGCGUUAGCGUUAUAUGAAUGGUGUUACCAUGAAAAUUCC